CCUCACCCGCUCCUAGAGGACACGGAAGCUCCCCCUGAGCGCGGGGCCGGGGACACUUGGCGCCGAUCCCGUGCACUCAGGCGGCGGCUCCGGGACCCGGAGGUCCAGUGGGCAGCUCCCCAGAGGCUGAAACCGAAGCUCAGAGAGGUGAAGUGACUUGCCCAAGGUCAUAGCAUGUGGAGAUCGGCACCUGCAGAAGGACGGCAGCUGCCCGGGGGCCCCAUAGUAGGCCGGCGGGCGAGCAGGGGCUAGAACCCACACCUGCAGCGCAUCUCCCAUCCUAUAGCCGCUGCCCGUCUGCAAAGGCGCUCCCAGGGCCACACGCUCACCAGCCAUGAACUACGUGGGGCAGCUGGCAGAGACGGUGUUUGGGACCAUGAAGGACCUAUACCGAGGCCUGAACCCGGCCACCCUGAGCGGUGGCAUCGAUGUGCUGGUGGUGCAGCAGGCGGACGGCUCCUUCCGCUGCUCGCCCUUCCACGUGCGCUUCGGCAAGCUGGGCGUCCUGCGGUCUCGGGAGAAGGUGGUAGACAUGGAGAUCAAUGGGGAGCCUGUGGACUUGCACAUGAAGCUGGGGGACAGUGGGGAGGCCUUCUUCGUCCAGGAGCUGGAGAGUGAUGAUGAACACGUGCCUCCCCGUCUCUGCACAUCACCCAUCCCUUGUGGGGCCCUGUCUGGGUUCCCCUCAGACUCCCAGCGGAGCACAGCCAGUGAGCCUGAGGCUCUCCCUGAGGAGGUGCCCUCCACAGGGCGGAAGAAGAAACUUCGCAGGAGGAAACCUAGGCGGAAGGAGGACACGGUGGCAGCCAAUUCUAGUUCCGAGGAGCUGGAGACAGGCGCUGAGAGUGAGCUGUCCCUGCUGGAAAAGCCAAGGCCAGAACCCCCAGGCCCCCCCAGCAGUGUCCAGUCAGAAGGGGAGUCCUCACCGCAAGCCAAAGACAUCUACCCCUACUCUGAUGGCGAGUGGGGUCCCCAGGCCAGCCUCCUGCCAGGUGGGAUGACAUCCCCUAAGAGUGACUCAGAGCUGGAGCUGCGGACCCCUGAGCCCAGCCCUCCACGAGCUGAGUCCCAUAUACAGUGGGCCUGGGGGAGGCUGCCGAAGGUGGCCAAAGCCGAGUGGCCCGAGUCCUCGAAGGUGGCUGAUGGCAGUGCCGGGGCAGCCUCUCCUCUUCAGGGGAAGCCCAGCACCCCCUCCACUUCUGUGUCUGGCGUGGAUCCUUCGGGACCCCUUAUCCUGCCAGCAGGGACUGCUGCUGACCUUCCUCCUACUGAUGGGGAGCCUCCUGCUCUGUUGGGUUCCCCUCUCCCCAUUCCUGAGACCAAAGAAACCAAGACUCCGAGCCGCAGGGAGGCAGGCCUGCCUCUUCCUUCAAAAUCAUGGAGCUGGGCCAGCCUCGAGGACCCAGUUUCUGCUGGGAGGAAAGGCUCCAUGAAGAGAAGCCAGCACCUGGGCCCCAGUGACAUCUAUCUGGAUGACCUGCCCUCUCUGGAUUCUGAGAAUGCCGCCCUUUACUUCCCCCGGAGUGACUGUGGACUGGGGCCCAGACGGUGGAGUGCGCCCAACAGCCAGAAGCACCUAGGAGACCCCAACCCAGAACAGGAGCCAGAACCCACUCUGGACAUGGUAGACAUGAUAGAGCUGUCCCUGUGUGGUGGCCUAGCUGACAGCCGGGACAUUUCCCUGGAGAAGUUCAACCAGCACAUCGUCUCCUACCAAGACCUCGUCCAAAACCCUGGCCUCCUGGAGCACCCAAACCUGGUGGUGAAAAUCAAUGAGAAGCAUUAUAACUGGGCUGUAGCUGCUCCCAUGAUCCUCUCCCUGCAAGCCUUCCAGAGAAACUUGCCCAAGAGCACCGUGGACAAACUGGAAAAGGAGAAGAUGCCCCGGAAGGGUGGACGGUGGUGGUUUUCCUGGCGACGCAGGGACUUCUCGGCCCAGGAGCGCAGUGCCCAGACAGAGAAAACCACAGCCAGGGAGCAGCAGGGGGAGAAGACUGAUGUCCUGAGUAGUGAGGAUGAUGCCCCAGAGAGCCCUGUGAUCCUGGAGGCCCCGUCCCUGCCACCCUCACCUCCAGCCUACACUCCCACCUACAAGAAGUCUCUGCGCCUCUCCUCCAAUCAGAUCCGGCGCCUGAACCUGCAAGAAGGUGCCAAUGAUGUGGUCUUCAGUGUGACCACCCAGUACCAGGGCACCUGCCGCUGCAGGGCCACCAUCUAUCUGUGGAAAUGGGACGACAAGGUGGUCAUCUCGGACAUCGACGGGACCAUUACCAAGUCAGACGCUCUGGGCCACAUUUUGCCGCAGCUGGGGAAAGACUGGACACACCAGGGCAUCACCAGUCUCUACCACAAAAUCCACCUAAAUGGGUACAAGUUCCUGUACUGCUCGGCGCGGGCCAUCGGCAUGGCAGACCUCACCAAGGGUUACCUGCGCUGGGUGAGCGAGCGGGGCUUUGGCCUCCCCAAGGGCCCCAUCCUGCUGUCUCCCAGCAGCCUCUUCUCUGCCCUUCACAGGGAGGUGAUUGAGAAGAAACCAGAGGUGUUCAAAAUUGCCUGCCUGAGUGACAUCCAGCAGCUGUUCCUGCCCAACAGACAGCCCUUCUAUGCUGCCUUCGGAAACAGGCCCAACGAUGUCACUGCCUACCGGCAGGUGGGCCUCCCAGAAUCUCGCAUCUUCACGGUCAAUCCCCGGGGAGAGCUCAUUCAGGAACUUGUGAAGAACCACAAAUCCACGUACGAACGCCUAGGUGAGGUGGUUGAGCUCGUCUUCCCUCCUGUGGGCCGUGGCCCCAGCACAGACCUGGCCCACCCUGAAUACAGCAACUUCUGCUACUGGCGGGAGCCACUGGUUCCUGUGGACCUCGAUGCCCUGGCCUGAACCAGCCCCAGCCGCCCCCUCCUUCCUGGCCCAGAACUGAUGGGGUGUUCCAGGGACCAGGAGCCAGUCCCCUGAAGAGGAGGAGGGGGCUGAGAGCUAGUUGGCAGCCACAGAUGCCCUUCCUCCUCCCUGUCCUGUCUCUUGCCUUUGCCAGCUGAUCUGCAGGAGUGGGGCAGCUGCCCCAGGCCUCAGCGUGGCUCUGGCUUGUAGCAAUUAAAUGAUUGUCACUUGGGCCCUUGCAGGAUUCUCCAUGCUCUUGACCUGUCUGUCCCUGUCACCCUGUACAUUGCCUCGACUCCUGAUGGGACAGAGAGGUCUGUGAGGCUUAGAAUCUAUACGUACAGGAGAGGCUGGCUAAGCAGCAUGGGGGCAGCGUGGACCAUACCCUCUGCAGCCAGACCCUUCCCUAACCCUGGCCCCCCUCCCGCAGCCCUUGAGCAAGACUUCGCUGCUCUCCCCGGUACCCCAGUACCUCAACACCCCAACCCUGGAUUCUCAGACAUCAAGGGAUGGGGGCAUGACUGUGGCUCCCACCUGGCCUAGCCUGUACCUGGCUGCUGCUCCUGUUCCUCUGGGCACCGCCCCUGAGGACACAGCCUCAAACCUUGCCAGGACGGGUGGUGGUGACCUGCCCACUCUCCCUGGACUUUGCUGGUUGAUUCAGGGCCCCUGUGGCUGCGGAGUGAGCUCUUGCCCAAGAGGCUGCAGGAAGCUGGGCUGGCAGCCCACUGCAGCCUUCCAGCCUACUGUCCUUGGGGAAUAAAAUUCCUUUAGACGAGCUAAAAGCUUUAAUCCAGGCCGGCCCUCCCCCAACAGCACCACAGUGGAGGGAUGAAACCAGAAGGCAGGGCUACAGAGACCUGAAUGUAGCACAGGAGGGCCUGUGCUGCUGUGGGUAAACUGAGGCCAGGAGCCUCAGCAGAGCUGGGCAUCAGGGUCUCUGGGAACUCUGCAGGCUGGAUGAACCCUGCGUGUUCAAGUGGCGUCGUACUUGAAUAUCUCACCACCUAGUGAACUUCCAGGUGGGGCUGGGGUUUUGCUAGGAUGCUGGAAACUAGGCCCUUCUCUCCCCUGGCCUCCUGUGCAGAGUCUGGCCUCAAUUGGGCCAUGGUGUCUACAAGGGCUACUCCGGAGAGAGGCCCUGACCUGGGGAUGGGGACAGGGGCAGGCAGGAUUUUCCCCCAAUAGAGAGGAGUCGGGGGUAUGGGGACCAGAGGCUAUGAAGCAUCUUUGGGAAAAAGAAGAUAAAUUGAGGAGGGUCUCUAAACACAUGGUCUGGACCUGUCCUUUGCUCAGGGAAUCUACAGCUGCCUAAGCCCUCACUUGAGGGGAGGGUCCAAAGGAAUAAAAAGAACUCUCAGCUGA